UCAGCCAACAAAGCAAUCACUUCUUCACUCAAUCAAACAAUCAACACAACACUCAAACCACUUUCACAACCCCCCCAAUCAACCAAAAUGGAUACCAUCAAGAACGCUGCCAACUACGUCGGUGACAAGGUUCAGGGCGCUACCGCCACUGCUUCCAAGGAGGCCAACAAGGACGUUGCCAAGGACUCCAACCAGGGCGUCGGCACUCGUCUCAACGCUGCCGGUGAUGCCAUCUCCGACAAGGUCUCCGAGAACAAGCACGACGCUAAGGCCGAGGCCCACAAGCAGGGUGCUACCCACUAAGCGACUUCACCAACAGUCGUCUUCCAUUUCCUUUUCCUCGAUCAUGACUUGAUGAUAAUGGCCGGUUAAGGAGUUUGCCAAGGGUUUCUUUACGACACUUGGCUUGGAAUUUCGAAGGGCAGCUUUAGCAUUACACCAGAACCGAUACCCCUGUUACAUAGGCAUGGACACUGGUCCGUUCUAGCUAGGAAUUGACCCGGCUCUCUGCCGAUUAAUGCCUUA